AGAUCGACGUUUCCCCCACACAAGUUAUGCACUACAUACACACGUUUCUAGCAACCUUUCUGUUACCAAUCCUAGCCGACACUCUACUCACCGCUGAUCUUACCACCGGUCAUCAGGCUUCAGCAGCGGCCGUCUUCCAAUCCGAACCAUCCUCCGACUACUUCUCCACCUCCGACUUCUCCACCACAUCCCCCCGACAAUAUCCCACCGAUGAAGCCGACGAGGAGCUCUACGCCCUACAAAAAGCCGCCAAGCCCCAGUUUUACCCCCGACCGCAGAACAACUACGGAGGUUACGGUGGCUAUCGUCCGAAUCCCCCUCAGCCAUUCGGUUAUUCUUAUGUGGGAUAUAUUAAUCGACAGGCCCGACGCUACCCGGUAAUGAUGUACACCCUGAUUCAAUGUGUGCCGUGCCAGAGAGCCAAGCAUCUUUUGGCUACCACCUAUGGAGAUAUUCCAUCGCACUUUUUGGAACUGGUCGGAGACGAGGACUGGCAGCGUCAGCUUCAAGUGGAUCUACUCAAAGUCACCCGCCAAGCCACCUUCCCCUACGUCUUCGUCUGCGGGAACUUUAUCGGUGGAUCGUCGGACCUCUUCAACAUGCAUCACUCGGGACAACUACGGCAGGCGCUGAACAAUUGCAUGUCUAGGAAUGGAUGAGAUUUGGAGCCGGAGCGGGGAAAGGCAUAGAACUUUAUGUAUUUUAUAAAUUAUUUUCUUGCUAU